CGCACUGGGCGAUGGUCAUGUGAUCGAUCCCGUGCUAAAGAUGGCGCUGGAGGCGUUGUCCCCCGAUUGGAGGUUGGAUGCUCUGGAUGAUGGCUCUCAGAGAAUCCACGUUGAGGUGCAAUUGAAGAGUUAUGGGAAAUUUCUUGAGGAGUACACGCAUCAGCUGAAAGGCAUUGAAGAUGCAUUGGAUGACUCUAUUGGGGACGUCUGGGAUUUUACACUUGACCCCAUAGCACUUAAGCUUCUGCCGUAUGAACAAUCCUCACUACUGGAACUUAUUAAGACUGAAAACAAAGUGCUGAAUAAAGUAAUAACAGUUUAUGCUGCUCUUUGCUGUGAAGUAAAAAAAUUGAAAUACGAGGCUGAAACAAAAUUUUAUAAUGGCCUUCUGUUUUAUGGAGAAGGAGUCACAGAUUCAAGUAUGGCUGAAGGGGAGUCGCAGGUCCAGAUGGGCAGAUUUAUUUCUUUCUUGCAGGAGUUGUCCUGUUUUACUACAAGGUGUUAUGAGGUGAUAAUGAAUAUUGUUCAACAGCUGGCUUCACUCUACACCAGCAGUAAGGCUGCUCCAAAAAUCAUAGAAACAACAGGGGUUCACUUCCAGACUGUGUAUGAACACCUAGGGGAAUUGCUGACUGUCCUCCUCACUUUGGAUGAAAUAAUUGAGAAUCACGUCACUCUGAAGGACCACUGGAUCACAUACAAAAGGUUACUGAAAUCAGUCUAUCACAAUCCAUCGAAAUUUGGAAUGGCUGAGGAAAAACUGAAACCAUUUGAAAAGUUACUGUUAAAACUGGAGCAGCAGUUGCUAAGUAGGAGGAUUUUUCAGGCCUGUGUUGAACAACAGUUUGACAAAAUAAAUGAACCAACCUCUGUCUCAAAAAAUAGCACAUUUGCAGAAGAGUUUGCCCACAAUAUUCGCACUAUUUUCAGCAAUGUGGAAUCAAAGCUCGGAGAGCCUUCAGAGAUUGAUCAGCGGGAAAAAUAUACUAGCAUUUGUGCACUGUUUGUGUUACACUUCCAGAUUUUCCGGACAUUAGAUAAAAAAUUGUACAAAUCAUUGCUAGAUGUUUGCAAAAAGGUACCUGCCAUCACACUUGCAGCCAAUAUUAUCUGGUAUGCUGACCAGUUCUUGAUGGAUAAAAUGGCAUCAGCGGCAAAGGGUACUGAGAAAAAAAAUCUGCAAUCUAUUAAAGUCCAGAGAGAAACCUUCCUACAGCAGAAGACCCAGACUCUGUCCAAAGAUGUGCAGUCAUAUUACUUGUUUAUAAGUUCAUGGAUGAUGAAAAUGGAAUCCAUCCUGUCCAAAGUGCAGAACGCGGACAACUUUGCAGAAGAUCUGUCCAGCAGAUGUAACAUUUUUAUACAGGGUAUUCUGUAUGCAAACAGUCUCAGUAACAUUGUCCGAACAACAAUGAACUUGCACAUGUCAAUGCAGAAACCCUUAACCAAAACGUCAGUGAAAGCACUGUGCAGACUUGUGGAACUUCUAAAGGCAAUUGAGCAUACUGUGCACAGGAGGACCAUGGUUAUAGCUGAUUCUGUCUGUCACAUUGCUCAGUAUCUUCAGCAUCAGGCCCUCAAUUCUAUAGCUGUUGCAAAGAAAAGAGUGAUAUCUGACAAGAAGUACAGUGAGCGACGUCUGGAUGUGCUGUCGGCCCUUGUUUUGGCUGAAAAUGCUCUCAAUGGACCCAGUACUAAAGAGCGUAGACUUGUCGUCGCCCUAUCAUUGAGUGUAGGUACUCAAAUGAAAACGUUCCGUGAUGAGGAGCUGCUGGUCUUGCACGUGGUGCUGAAGAAAUUGGACUUGAUCAGUGAGCUGAGGGAACGGAUUCAACUUUUGUGCAAUUGCAACUUCCUGUACUGGCAUCGUGCCAUAUUCCCCAUCUACUUGGAUGAUAUUUAUGACAGCGCUGUCGAUUCUGCAAGAAUACACUACAUGUUCAGUGCUUUGCGAGAUUGUGUCCCACCCAUGAUGUAUGCCAGACAUCUGGAAUCCACACACAUGUUGCUGGAGUGUUUUGAUAAAGAAAUCAUGGAUGUGCUGAAUGAGCACCUUUUGGAUAAGCUGUGUAAGGAGAUUGAAAAAGACUUGAGACUCUCUGUGCACACUCAUUUAAAAUUAGAUGAUCGAAAUCCAUACAGAGUUGGCAUCAAGGAUUUGACAGAUUUCUUUUCAAUCAAACCAAUACGUUUCUUGAACCGAUUCAUUGAUGUCAAAGCAUAUGUGACUCACUAUCUGGACAAGACCUUUUAUAACCUGACCACAGUGGCUCUCCAUGACUGGGCCACCUAUAGUGAAAUGAGAAACUUAGCAACACAGCGUUACAGUCUCUCGAUGACUGAAGCACACCUUCCAAGCCAGACCUUGGAACAGGGAUUAGAUGUUCUGGAGAUCAUGCGAAAUAUCCACAUAUUUGUUUCAAAGUAUCUGUACAAUCUCAACAACCAGAUCUUCAUUGAGCGUACAAGCCACAAUAAACAUCUGAAUACAAUCAACAUUAGGCAUGUUGCAAACUCAAUCCGUACACAUGGAACAGGCAUCAUGAACACCACUGUCAAUUUCACCUACCAGUUUCUGCGGAAGAAAUUUUAUAUCUUCAGUCAGUUCAUGUACGAUGAACACAUCAAGUCUCGUCUAAUCAAAGACAUUCGAUUCUUUAAAGAGACCAAGGACGAAAAUGAUCAGAAGUACCCUUUUGAUCGUGCAGACAAAUUCAAUCGAGGCAUUCGGAAACUUGGCCUGACUCCAGAGGGACAGAGCUACCUCGAUCAGUUCAGGCAGCUUAUCAGCCAGAUAGGGAAUGCAAUGGGCUAUGUUCGGAUGAUACGAUCUGGUGGACUGCAUUGCUGCAGUAAUGCUAUAAGGUUUGUUCCAGAUUUGGAGGAUAUUGUGAACUUUGAAGAGCUUGUGAAAGAAGAGAAACUCUCUGAGGAAACUCAAACAGCUGCCAGACAGCUGGACUCUGUCCUCACGGAUCUCACCCGGAACUCUGCCGAAGGCACUGAAUACUUCAAGAUGCUGGUAGAUGUGUUUUCUCCUGAAUUUCGUAGCUCUAAAAAUAUGCAUCUGCGUAACUUCUACAUCAUCGUGCCGCCAUUGACAUUGAAUUUUGUCGAUCACUCAAUAAGCUGCAAGGAGAAGUUGAACAAGAAAAAUAAAUCUGGAGCUGCUUUCACAGAUGAUGGGUUUGCAAUGGGAGUUGCUUACAUCCUUAAACUGCUGGAUCAGUACCAGGAGUUCGACUCAUUACACUGGUUUCAGUCCGUGAGAGAGAAAUAUAUCAAAGAGAAGAAUGCAGUUGUUAAACAGCAAAACUUCCAGUCAACCAAUCAGGACGAAAAGCUGCUGCAAACGAUGAAUCUAACCCAGAAACGGCUAGACAUCUAUUUACAGGAGUUUGAGCUACUGUAUUUCUCACUGAGCAGCGCCAGAAUUUUCUUCCGAGGUGAUCAGACAGCUGCUGAGGAAAGUCAGGAGCAAAAGGACAAGGAAGAUGAAAAUGCCAAAUUGGGCAACGAUAAUGUGAGCGAUUUGCCUUCGGAGUCCCGUGCAAAAUGAAGUGGGGCACCAUGUACAAAGUGGAAACUGUGCUCUAGCACCCCCAUGACCUGGCUGGAGCUUGACCAAGGAAACUGCCCGAUUGUCCUCCCCUCUGCAGGAUAACUGUGUUUUAUAUAAGUACAGGACACUCCAUGGUUAUGUGAGGGUUCCGAUCCCUGAACCUUUGGUAACCUGAAGUUUCAGUAAGUCAGAAAGAGUGUUAGCUGAGAUUGCAAAACUUUCACUGAUAGGUGAAGUAGGUACAAAUUGGAACAAUCUUAGUUAAUUUGUGGGCUUAAUUAGAUAGAACAGCUAGAAUGAACUAAUUAGUACAGAUCUGAACUGGAUUUCAAAUAUUCUGGACCACAGGAUGCUGGACUGGAGAGUUUCAACCUGUCAAUAUACAAUGUACAUCCCAUUUUAUUCUGCCCUCAUGGCAGUGAUUAACCUGUCGAUAUACUGGCCCUUCAAUGCACAUCCCAUUUUAUUCUGCCCUCAUUCUCCUCAACUACAUGGCAGUGAUUAACCUGUCAAUUAGUACAGCUUUAGGCAGUGGGAGGAAAUCGGAGCAUCAUGUAGUUAAAGGAGGAAUGUAUGAACUCCACACAGUGGUUGCAAAUGAAGUUGUGGGCUGUUGCAGUAAUCUGGAUUGACUCUGCACUCCAGAGAACACAGCCAUUCUCUGACAGAGGGAUGAGCCGCAUCACCCAAGUAUUUCCUGUGACUGUGUGGGUUUCCUCGGGAUGCUCCGCUUUCUCAGUCCAAAGAUUUACUGGUUAAUCUGUCAUUGUAAAUUAUGUAGUGAUUAGGGUUCAACCUGUUCUGCACUGUAUCUCUAGCUGGUGGGCUGUGGUACUCACUGGAUAGCAAUGAUAGGCCAGAGGCCGUUUCAGUACUGAACUGGGUUGCUCAAUUCCAGAGCACCAAUGGAAAUAAAGGGUUGUGUUUGGUCAAGUGUAUUUUCACUUGUACUUUAGAUUGGAUGUUACUGUGUCCUUGAACUUGAUCCCUAAGUAAACAUGAUACUGUUGGAGUACAGUAAAUAGUUCUGGUUUAUUUCAUUAGACCACCGUGUGGAUUAAUAACUUUGUGCCACUGAAAAUACUGAUGUCAAGAGUAAUAACUUGAUGCCACUAUUUAAUUACAGACUGCAUUUAAUAUUUAUUGUCCUCAAAAAGCAAAACAACCAGAAUGUCAAACAUUGGUCAGAUUACAUUAGCAGCAACUUGAGGAUUCCUUGGGUCGAUUUCAUUGGAGUAAAACCACACAUCACUAUCAGUUUACAGCUGUAAUAUGAUGUCACAUCUGAAGACAGCUCCAGUGUUCAUCAAAAGCCCAGCCCAGAGGAACCGAUGACAGCUGCUUGAGAAAGGUCCACCACUGCCUGCACAAUAUUACCCGGCUCUCCACGUGGCAAGGGGUUUCUGCACCCACCUCCCUCCAUGUUCUGGGUGAAAGAAUCCUUCAUCUCACUACCAGCCAUGGCAGAUUGUAUGUGCAGCUGCAGAAUAUCUUGUGUUUAUGGCAGUAAAUCUACCUGGGGCUUUCUAUUUACUCUCCAGGCUGCCCACAGUUCUGUACUCCUCACUUGUCCCUCAUCAUUGGCUUCAAAGGGAAUAGUGUUUAAAUUGACAAAGCUAAAUUUAUAACAUACUUAAAGCAAAUGAUGGUGGGUUUUAAUGUCAGUUGGAGGUUAAGUUUGCACAGUGUCUCUCUUCUGGGUACGUGAACCAGUUUGAAUGAGUAAAAAUCAAGGGGUUUUUUUUGUAAUUCAUUUUGGAGAUGCUGCUGGCAAGGCCAGCCAGGAUUUACCUGAAGAUAGCAGUGUGUUUGUUGCAGUCAUUCUUGUGGCACUUCUCCCCAGUGUUGUGAGGCCUCUGGGAUUUGGACCAGCAACAAUAAGAACAUGCAGCCUGGGGGGAACUGAAGAGGCUGUGGGAAUUUGUCACUUGUGUGGAAGGACUGAUUGUGUGCUUGUCCUUUGAAAGUAAGGUUCUGACACUAUGGAGAGUGUGUACAUCCGGGACAGUUUUGUUCAUCCUAUAGUUCCAUUAAAGAGGCUACCUAUAUACAAGCAACCUACUCCUUGCCUGUUAUGUUUGGAAGGAAUGAGGCACCAAGUGGUGUAAGGAAAGCACUGCAUGCAGCAAAUGGCAGUGGGACAUUAGGACUGAGCAAAUCUGUAACUUUCCACCAGUCAACGUAGCACAUUCUCAUCUGUCCGCUUUUUGAUUAUCUGCCUUCAAAACAUUCAGAAGGGCUGUUCCCAACUCCCACUUAAACUAAUCAUUAGAAAACUAGCUGUAGUCAAAAAAAAACCCCAUCUGCUGACAACCCAAUUUUUAUUAAACUCCUGGUUUUAGAUAUUCCCACAAGCAGAAAUAUUGUCACCGCAUCCACCUUAAAACCCUCAGAAUUUUAAUUCUCCUCACCUUUCUUGAGUGCAGCAUUACAAAUCCAGCCCACCCAAACUUUCCUUCCAAUGAUACCUGAUGAACCAUUUUAGUGUCAUAAAGACCAGUAAUAUACAGCCCUUUAUUACACUGUCCCUCCAACCCCCUUAUCUUUGUACGACUUUAUUUGACGGAAAUCUUGUUAGCCCACAAGUGAUUAAAUGAGAACAGUGAUAUGAAAUGAGAACUGCUAUGAAAACGUUUUUCCUGUGACGGGGUUUGCCGAAGUUUAAAAUACAGGGAUACACCUAAUACAAGACACUCAUGUAUUCAACUGCUCACCCCAGGUCAGUAUUCCAGCUUUACUGUAAACUGCUAUCCUACAAAAUCCACACUAAGGUGAAAUACUUGGCUACAUGUACUGUAAAUAUUGCACUUGCUGUA